AUGAACAGAGGGGCGGGGGCGGCGGCGGGGCCGGGCGGCCGCGGUCGCCCCCCGGCUCCCGGAACUCGCCCGGCACCGGCCGUGGUGCGGAUCGUGACCGUGCAGACGAAGCCCUACGGCGACCAGAAGCCGGGCAGCAUUGGGCUGCGCAAGCGGGUGACGGUGUUCCAGAGCAAUGCCAACUACAGCGAGAACUUCAUCCAGAGCGUGCUGGCCACCGUGCCGCCCGCCGAGCGCCAGGACGCCACGCUCGAGGUGGGGGGCGACGGCCGCUUCUGCAUGAAGGACGGCAUCCAGCUCAUCGCCCGCAUCGCCGCCGCCACCGGGAAUUUUCCUUCCUUUCCACCCUGCCAUCCUCCCAAGCUCCUGUGCACUGCUGGCUGCAGCAACACCCACUGUGGAGAGAUAAUAAACUGACAUAUGUCAUGACAUGCUGGCGGCUGGGAGGAUGCUGGAGCUGCAUUUUCAAAAAAUAAUAGCAACAGUACAAUUUUAUUUUUAUUGUGAUAACUGCGGUGAAAUUUAUGGCAGCGUUAGUAGUUUAUUGAUUCAUUAUGCCAGAUUAGCUGAGGGAGGUAAUUACAGCCCUGACAUGAAAAUGCCUUUAAUGUUUCCAUUUCAAUUUUGCAGUUUAUAAUAUGCAGAUUACAGCAUUAUCAUAAUUCCAUAUUGUCACAUGUACAAUUCCAUGGCAGAACAUUUGCUUCCCAGGAUAAUGGAGCUAAUUUCUAAUAAAUGAUUUCAGCAAGGAUCUUAACUCAUUCAGCUCUUGGGUAAAUAGUGAUGGCAAUAACAAUAUGCACAUGCUUCAAGUGAUUCAAGCAGAUGUACAUUACUUAAUGCCAGGCAGCUCUGUGACAAAUGAAAUACAAUAAAUUUUAUACUAAUAUUUGCAGCAGUAAUUUUGUGCUUUAAGAUUUGCCCAGACAACAUCCAAUCUGUAACAAUUUAAAGGCAGCUAAAAUGAAAUAGAUUGGUUAUAUCCACGUUGAUUUUUGCACACAGAUAUAGAUACACACACAUACAUAUAUAUUUAUACAGCCCAGAUGGCUCCAUACACCAAAAAAUACGUACGUUAUCUUUUUUAACUGUGUCCAAAUUUAAUGCUCUCUUAACCCUGCAAGAGAAAAAUAUGGACAGGUUUUAUGGUCAUCUAGGCACAAAGAUUUCUGUUAGUAAGGUCUAAAAUUGAUAAUGUUAAAGACAGUUUCCUUUUUAGGUUUCACAUUUACACAGGAAAACUGAUGGCAUCCAAAGCAAAUCCAUUCCCUGUACCACGAAUGUUGCUUGUUUAGAAGGAUAAAGUGUUUGCCUAAGAAAAUCUGAUUCUCCAUUUUAUACCAGAGAUAAAAUCAAGGCACUGAAGUGAAAUCAUGCUGAAUAUUUAUCUUUUUCUUCAUAAAACUAUAAACAACAAAACCCCCCACAAAAGCAUUUUCAUUUGCAUACCUUCUGAGCAAGGCUUGAAAUUAUUUUGCCUUUAGUCGAAAUAAUGUUUAAGACAUUUAAGACAGGUACAGCCAAGGUGAAAAAAGUAGUUUUUCCCAUCAUUUUAGCUCUUAACAUGAUUCAGUGCUACCAGACUAUGACUUAACUGGGGAACAGAUGCUCUAUGUCUUUACAGGUCCCCAAACCAUAAGAAACUCUUUGCUUCCCUUCUUCCCUCUCCUGAUUCAGGAACAUGCCAAGCUCUCUCUGCAAAAUCUGCUCCUCUGAACUGGAUGCCCAGCUGUUAAUGGCAACACUGGAAAGAGGAAAGCUGAAUAUUUAUAAUACUUUAUAUGGUACAGCUGUCUUCUAAAGAGCAGUCAUCAAAAUUUUAUUGAAUGCAGGCUAAAUGCUCCAAGGAAAGAAAGGUCAACAUAAAUUAAGACUAUUUUUCCCAGAGACAACUGAAACUUUUAAGCACAUUCCUAAAUCUUAACAAUAGUUUAAAGCAUGAUAUAAAACGAUGAGGAAAAAAAAAAAAUCUUUGUAAGAACAGUCCCCAAGAGACAUAUAUAUUACAUUGAAUUAAACAGGGUUUGGAAUAUACAUCAUAUUUCAAGAACUUAGUUCAGUUUUCACCUCGGAGAAAGAAUGUUUUGCCUUGUAAGGAAUUUAGAUGACCUCAUUCCAAACAUAUCCUUUUAAAAUUUAUGUUGCUAUUCCAAAACUGUAAAUUAAAGGAUUGGGAAAAUAGAAUGGAAACACAUCUUUGCUAUGUAACUCAGCCAAGGGUCUUACAUGAAAACUGUUUUACAGCUAUCUCUAUUACAAAAUAGAGAAAAGAAAUAUCCUAUCUUAAAAAAGCCAAGUAAACAGGUAACAUUUAAAUUAAAAAUGCCUCUGAAAUUCUGGCCAAAGGGCAGCCAAAGCUGUAACAGUUUGCUGGAAUUCUUUACAAUGUAUUUCUUUUUAAAGAGAACCCCAUAUUGCUCAAGGAAUCCUGACUCCGUUACACAUUCCAGCUCAUGGCAGCAGAGAAAUAUUCCAUUUAUUAAUGCAUCCACACUGGAAGGAUGCUCUGGGGGCCAAUGCAUUUGCAUGUUACACUAAGGCAUGUUCUGAUGGAAGUUUUUAUGACAGACUUCAAAAGAAGCUGAAAGCCAAAGGAAAGCAGGAUCGGGAGUUGGCACAGCUGUAGGAUGAAAUAAAUGAGAAACUACAUGAAAAUCCCACUAAGUUAUAAACACAGAACAUUUCUUAGGGGGAAAGUUGUGCACUGAUCAAAGCUACGUUCUCCGAAGUCUGUCAAAUAUUGUGUACAGCAACAGAGCAGCACACUGCCCAAAUUUCUCUCUGCAAGCACCCUGAACUAUGGGAGCAGAGAUGGAGCCUCAUUCCAAGCACCUCAACGUUGGAAAGCGCUGGAAUAUUGUAUUGGAAGACACAAUUUUAGCUUUAUUUAGAAGGUCAGCCUUGCCUUGUGUCACCCAAUAGCCCGGCUUGCUUGGGGGCUUGUUUUUAAUGAUUGUCUUUCCAAUGCCAUGAUGUGAGAAGUUAAAUCAGUUAUUUAAAAUGUAUGCUCUAAGUCUACACACAGACCCUGGCUUGGAUCUCUGAAACCAAAUUUAUCCUGACACCUCACAUGAAAACCCUGUUGGCCAAAUUGUUGUCUCUCGGAUCUUCCAAAAGAAGAAUGUGGCGAAAAAACAUGUCCAAAGAAAAGUAUUUUAGGAAACAACAUGAAGAGCACCACUUUAGUUUGGUUUUUUUUUUUUUUAAUAUGGCUCACUUUGACUGUGGUGUAGAACCAAAUGCCAGAGUGGAACAAGAAAAGGAGACAGAAAGAUGAGGCACAUGUGGUGAGAGUAUUUAACCAGAGCUUCCUACCCCUGAAUUAGCCUGACAAGGCUUAAUUUAUUUUCUUAACCAUGCAGAGUAUGAUGGCGCAUGUUUACAGCCAGAUGUACAACCUGCAGUGAUUAUUUUGUGCCUAAUAUUUAUCGGGUUAAAGAACUUUCUUUAAUGAUCCCCAGAAGCCCACGAUGAGCAGAGAUACACAAGAGCAGCACCAGACUUACAUGACUUGAUUAAUUACUUACUGCCUGAUAAAUUGCAAAAUAUAGGAGAAAAAUGAACAGGAUUUAUUCCCAUUGGAGACAAUAUGGAGAGAUACAGCCUGAUGGAAAAUGGGCACCAGGGGUGUCAUGCCUUCAUCUCCACAGGCCUGUAAUUCCUUCCCACAUCUGAGUGUGUGUGUGAAUCUAUAAUUUAGUUGCUGUUGUAAUUGUAGUAAAUCCUGUUGAAUCACUUUAUAAGUAUUAAAUCAGGCAGUGAUUAAGUGCUGUUAAA